UCAUUUUUCCUUUUGGGUUUUUAUUUUUUGGGACGAAAAAAGAAAUUCAGUCCAAAGACAAUUGCCCCUUGGGGUACGGCAGCUCUCUAGCGUCGCAAGCGAUCACUGUUUUUUCCUUUCUCGGAAAAUCCCUGUUCCUAAUUUCCUGGAAAAUACUCUCCCCUGGGAGGCUGCCUGAUGAAUUAUCGUAGGCUUUAGCUUCGUUUCUCUCAGGUUCUCUCUCUUUUUCUCUUGCUCACUUUCUGCUCAAGGAUUAGUAGAAACCUUUGUUAUGGAGCAACUAGACGUGUAUGACCUUGUUGACCGAGUUGGUCUGCUUGCCGUGUUUUGUCAACAUACAUGCAGGGGUUCAUUUUGAGCUUCAUCAGCCCCUUAUCUUGAAUUCAGACCCUACUAUGAAUUUUAGGUCGUAGAAGUGGAAGGGUGAUUUGGAUGAAACCUACAACAGCUGAAAAUGCUGAGACAGGUCUCUAGCAACUGAAUCUUUCCUCUUUAGUCAGAGACUAAUCCCCAUGAGAAAAGAUUUCGCUUCAUAGCUCGCGAUUUGGUGCUCGUAAUGGCAAUAGAUCUGAUUGCAGACUCACUUGUUCUGGCUUCAGAACUCAUUUCCCAGGUCGUAGAAAGCAUGCUUGAGGUCGUAGUUGCAACCAACAAUGUCCUAGUUAACAAAGACAGUUUCAGGGAACUUGCAACUUACAUGGAAAAAAUUGUUCCAAUACUGAAAGAAUUGAAUCAAAAGAAUGUGGAUUCUGAUGUCUUAAACAAGUCUAUUGAGAUUCUCAAUCGAGAGACAAAUGCUGCAAAGCACCUGACACUAGAAUGUGGGAAAAGAAAUAAAGUGUAUCUUUUGAUGAAUUGCAGGAUGAUAGUUAAUCGUCUAGAGAAAAUAACAAAAGAAAUUAGCCGAGCUUUGUCUCUCCUACCUUUAGCCUCUCUGGAUCUUGCAUCUGUAACAGCUGAAGAAAUUGAAAACCUCUACAACAAUAUGCAGAGAGCUGAAUUUAAGGCAGCUGUAGUUGAAGAGGCAAUCUUGGAAAAAGUUGAGACUGGAAUACAGGAGAGGAAUGUUGGUCGUUCUUAUGCUAAUAAUUUACUGGUUCUCAUAGCAGGAGCUGUUGGGAUCUCUACCGAGAAAUCAGUAUUGAAGAAGGAACUUGAAGAGUUUAAAAGUGAGAUUGAGAAUACUCGGCUGAGAAAGGACCAGGCAGAAGCUAUACAAAUGGAUCAGAUAAUUGCUUUGUUAGAAAGGGCUGAUGCUGCUUCAUCUCCUAAGGAGAAAGAGAUUAAAUAUUUUACCAAGCGGAAGUCUUUGGGUAGUCAACCUUUGGAACCUCUGCAAUCUUUUUACUGCCCCAUCACUGGAGAUGUUAUGGUGGACCCUGUAGAGACCUCUUCAGGACAAACAUUUGAGAGAACUGCAAUAGAAAAGUGGUUUGCAGAUGGAAACAAAUUAUGUCCACUGACCAUGACCAGUCUAAACACAUCAGUUCUACGUCCUAACAAAACUCUGAGGCAAUCAAUAGAAGAGUGGAAGGAUAGAAAUACUAUGAUAACAAUUGCUUCCAUGAAACCAAAACUAAUGUCUGAAGAGGAGGAAGACGGUAUCCACUGCCUCGAACAGCUGCAGCACCUCUGUGAGCAAAGAGAACAGCAUCGGGAAUGGGUUAUAUUGGAGAACUACAUACCAACUCUUAUUCAACUUCUUGCUGAAAAAAGUCGUGAUCUAAGGAGUCGUGUUCUUAUCAUUCUUCACAUUUUGGUGAAGGAUAAUGAUGAUGCUAAGGAAAGAGUGGCAAAAGUUGAUAACCCUAUUGAACCUAUUGUUCGCUCUCUUGGGCGUCGUAUUGAAGAAAGAAAGUUAGCAGUGGCAUUGUUGUUAGAAUUAUCUAUCUUCCAUGUCUUACGAGAUCACAUUGGAAAGGUCCAGGGAUGCAUCCUUCUCUUGGUGACUAUGUCAAGCACUGAUGAUCAUCAAGCUGCUAAAGAUGCACACGAGCUUUUGGAGAAUCUUUCUUUCUCUGAUCAGAAUGUUAUACAAAUGGCAAGGGCUAAUUAUUUUAAGCAUCUGCUGCACCGUCUUUCUACAGGGCCAGAACGUGUGAAAAUGAUCAUGGCAACAACUUUGGCAGAUAUGGAGUUGACAGAGCACAAUAAAGUCUCUUUGGUUGAAGGAGGUGUACUUGGUCCUCUCCUUUACUUGGUUUCUCAUGGUGACAUGCUGAUGAAAAAUGCAGCCGUCAAAGCUCUCUAUAACCUAUCAACAGUUGCAAAAAAUGGCUUGCAGAUGAUCAGAGAAGGUGCAAAGGGCCCAUUAUUUAACCUCCUCCUUCACCAAAAAUCAUCAUCUCCAAGCUUGCGGGAACAGGUGGCAGCCACAAUCAUGCAGCUUGCUGUAUCAACUGUGUCUCAGGAAUCUGGCCAGACACCAGUCACCUUAUUGGAAUCUGAUGAUGAUAUUUUCAUGCUUCUCUCAGUUAUCAAUUUGACUGGGCCUGUUGUGCAAAAGAGCAUUCUCCAGACCUUCCAUGCCUUGUGCCAAUCUGAUACUGCAACUUAUAUCAAGAACAGAUUAACAGAGUGUUCUGCAAUCCAAGUACUAGUUCCGUUGUGUGAGCAUGGUAACCUAGAUGUACGAGCAAAUGCCGUGAAGUUGUUCUGUUGCUUGGCAGAUGAUGGUGAUCAAGCCACCAUUUUGGAGCAUGUGGGUGAAAAGUGCCUAGAGACCCUAGUUAGAAUCAUUCAAUCUUCUAGCAACAAGGAAGAGGUUGUUUCUGCAAUGGGCAUAAUUUCCAGUCUUCCAGAAAUCUCUCCAAUUACUCAGUGGCUUUUGGAUGCCCAAGCACUCCCAACAGUUCUCUCGAUCCUCCGCGAUAGUCAGCAAAAUGAUCCCAGCAGAAUUCAAUUAGUUGAAAAAGCUGUUGGUGCCAUACGUCGUUUCACUGUUCCAACAAACUUGGAAUGGCAAAAUAUUGCAGCAAAGGCUGGUGUUAUUCCACUCCUGGUUUGGUUGCUAGAGUUAGGUUCCCCCUUAACAAAGAAAUAUGCAGCGAUUUCUCUUGGCCGGUUUUCAGAGAGUUCAGUUGCGCUCAGUAGAAUCAUGCCAAAGCAUAGGGGAUUUUGGUGCUUCUCUUCUCCCCCUAACGAUAUCUGUCCGGUUCAUAGGGGAAUUUGUGCUGUUGAAUCAUCAUUUUGCCUUAUAGAGGCUGAUGCGGUGGGACCUCUUGUGAAGGUGCUUGAAGAACCAGAUCCUGGAGUCUGUGAGUCUUCUUUAGAUGCACUCUUGACUUUAAUUGAAGGUGAGCGAUUACAAAGUGGUAGUAAGGUGCUUGCAGAAGCAAAAGCCAUACCACCAAUGAUAAAGUUUCUGAGCUCUCCGUCCCCCACAUUGCAAGAAAAAUCUCUCGUUGCUCUUGAAAGGAUUUUCCGAAUUCCAGAGUUCAAACAGAAUUAUGGCCCAUCUGCCCAGGUGCCUUUAGUUGACUUAACACAGCGAGGUAGCAGUAGAGUGAAGUCCCUUUCUGCCAGGAUACUUGCGCAUUUGAAUGUGCUUCAUGAUCAGUCUUCAUAUUUCUAGAGAAACUUAGUUGGCUUAACCUAUUUGAAUUCUAUAGGGUUCCCCAUUUCUUGUAGGAGGUAACAAAUUCACCAUAACAGUUUGGUUGCUGAGAAGCAUUCAAAGAUCUCAGAUGAGCACAGAUAACCGGGUGACGGAUUCCAAAUUUUCUGAAGCAUGAGCGGACUAGCCCUUCGUUU